CCUUUUUAAGCCUUCCUCCGAGGCGCAAAGAGAUGAGGUUAACUGCGCGACUCAUGAAGGUGUUCAUCACCCGGAGGAUUCCCCCCGAGGGGCAGGCCCUGCUGGCCCAGGCCGGAAUUUCUGAAGUAGAACAGUGGGAGUCAGAUGAGCCCAUACCGAGAGAGGACCUGCUGAAAGGAGUGGCUGGAGCGCAUGGCAUUCUUUGCCUUUUGUCUGACAGAAUGGAUAAACAACUCCUGGAUGCCGCAGGAUCCAAUCUCAAAGUAGUCAGCACCCUCUCCGUGGGACUUGACCAUCUUGCCCUAGAUGAAAUUAAAAAGCGAGGGAUCCGCGUGGGCUACACGCCAGACGUCCUGACAGAUGCCACGGCAGAGCUCGCAGUGGCCUUACUGCUCAGCACCAGCCGCCGGCUGCCAGAAAGCAUUCAAGAAGCAAAGAAUGGUGGCUGGACUUCAUGGAAGCCUCUCUGGAUGUGUGGCUACCAGCUCUUGAACAGCACAGUUGGAAUUAUCGGCCUGGGAAGAAUAGGCCAAGGUAUUGCCCGUCGCCUAAAACCAUUUGGCGUCCAGAAAUUUUUAUAUACUGGACGUCAGCCCAGACCCAAGGAGGCAGCCGAGUUCCAAGCAGAGUUUGUUCCUCUUGAGCAGCUAGCAACCCAUUCAGACUUCGUUGUGGUAGCUUGUGCUUUAACCCCUGAAACCCAGGAGCUCUGCAACAAGAACUUCUUCCAGAAAAUGAAGAAAACGGCUGUGUUUGUCAACAUAAGCAGGGGAGAUGUGGUGAACCAGGAAGACCUUUACCAGGCCUUGGCUAAUGACCAGAUUGCAGCAGCUGGGCUAGAUGUCACAAGCCCUGAGCCCCUGCCCACAAACCAUCCUCUCUUUUCACUGAAGAACUGUGUGAUUCUACCACAUAUUGGAAGUGCUACUUAUGGAACCCGAAACACUAUGUCAGUAAUUGCAGUCAAUAACAUGUUGGCUGGCCUAAAGGGGGAGCCAAUGCCAAGUGAAUUCAAACUGUGAAGACGAAACAAGAAGAAUCUCACAAUUGAGGAAGAAUUAAUAAGAUAAUUAUUAUAUUUUCACUUCUGCUAAACAGAAGUGUGUUACUUUCACUGGAAUGUGUAUGCUGUCAUAAAUAAAACAAACAGUGGGGAACCA